AUGGCUGGUGCUUCUCCUGCUAAGAAGGUUUUGGUUCCGAUUGCAAAUGCCACGGAGCGGAUUGAGGCGGUGAUCAUCAUCGACGUUCUGCGUAGAGCUGGAGCAGAUGUUACUGUGGCUUCUGUGGAGAAGCAGCUUCGCGUUGAAGCCUGCAAUGGCGUGAUCAUCGCUGAUGUUUUGAUUUCCGAUUGUAGAAAAAGCGUCUUCGAUCUCAUCACUCUACCCGGAGGUGUUCUAGGUGCUGCCAAUCUUAAGAAUAAUGAGGUUCUGGAAAGCUUGGUGAAGAAGCAGGCCGCAGAUGGGAAGCCCUAUGCGGCGAUCUGUGCUUCACCUGCAAUGGCAUUUGGACCAUGGGGUGUGUUGAAAGGACUGAAAGCAACUGGCCAUCCAUUAUAUAUGGAGCAAUUAGCAUCUAGCGCAAUCGCUGUUGAAUCAAGAGUGCAGGUGGAUGGCAAAGCUGUGACUAGUCGUGGACCGGGUACUGCCAUGGAGUUUGCUGUUGCGCUGGUUGAGCAAUUGUAUGGGAAAGAAAAAGCUGAUGAAAUAUCUGAGCUCGUGGUCAUGCGUUCCAACCACGGGGAUGAAUACAUCAUAACUGAGCUAAACCCAGUUGAGUGGACUCCCAAUGAUUCCCCAAAGAUUCUUGUACCUAUUGCAAAUGGCACAGAGGAAAUGGAAGCUGUUAUGAUAAUUGAUAUUCUACGACAAGCGAAAGCAAAUGUUGUGGUGGCCUCUGUAGAGGAUCAACUAGAAAUUGUUGCUUCUUGCGAAGUUAAACUGGAGGCAGAUGUGCUCCUUGACGAAGCUGCCAAACUUUCAUAUGACCUAAUUGUUUUGCCUGGUGGACUUGGUAGUGCCCCAACAUUUGCAAAAUCAGAAAAGCUCGUGAAUAUGUUAAAAAAGCAGAGGGAUUCACAGAGACCUUAUGGAGCGAUAUGUGCCUCCCCAGCUGUAGUUUUGGAACCCCAUGGCUUACUCAAGGGGAAAAAGGCCACAGCGUUCCCCGCAAUGUGCGACAAGCUGUCAGAUAAAAGUGAAAUCGAGAACAGGGUAGUGGUUGAUGGCAACCUCAUCACCAGCAGAGCACCAGGAACUUCCAUGGAGUUUGCUCUAGGAAUUGUUGAGAAGUUUUUGGGGCGCAAGGAAGCAAUAGAGAGUGCGAAAAUAAUGGUUUUCGUUCAUCCUUAG